CUCGCUUACUCUUGAAACUCUCUUGUAGCCGUUACAUUAUGUCUCCGUCACUUAAAAACUUCCGCAGAUGGGCAACAGAGCAUUCCGUUCGUACUGUAUUAGAACCUCAUACAUCUUCUGGCAAAGGAAAUGGUCUCUUUAUUGAUCCUGCCUUUGUUCACCAGUUGAAAUCUGAGUUCAAAUGUGGAAGUGAACAUGAAGGCGAAUUGCUGUUUGUGCCUCAUGAUCUAAUUAUCUCUCGUUCCCGUGUUCUCAAGCUUCCAUGUCUUGCCUUAAAACGUACCUUUGCCGUCCUUAGUACCGACUUGCUUACAGAGCGACUCGUUAUCCUUCUCUUCCUCCUUUACCAACGACUACUGCUAGAUCAUGGAGUAUGUGUCCUGGAAGAACCUUUACCUACUUUUGACAAUACAACUCCAACCAAUGCUGAGAACUUUUCGGCAGCAUCGCUCUUUGAGCCGUAUAUCGCUAUGUUGCCUGAUGUUUGUACACCAGUUACAUUGGACCCGGAUCUGGUUCGUGGUUACCUUGCAGGAACAUUAUUGCUCGACUCUGUUUGCGCUAAACGCUCAAAACUAGAGGCUGAGUUUGAGCUACUGAGUGGCAAUCUUGGUGUAUUUGACCAUUGGGCCAUCCGCCCAUCGCUUGACAACUUUAUAUGGGCGGAUGCCAUUUUUUGGUCUCGUGUGCUGUCAUUCCAGACUCAAUGGGACAGUGACAAGAGCACCGAUGACGGACUGGCAUCAAAGCCAGAUCACCAGACCGACGAUCUACAUAUGGUUCCUUUCCUCGAUUUUGCUAACCACGCGACAUAUCCAAACAUUCGUUGGCAAGUAGAUCCGGAUGGUCUUCGAGUAUGGGCUAAAGAAUCGCUACUAAAGGAUUUGGAUAGCGUUGAGAAUGAUGAGAAUCGAACCAAGUCGAAAAGACGAGAAGUGUUCUUGUCAUAUGGAAAUAAGCCCAACGUGGAGUUAUUGUUUCUAUAUGGGUUCACCUUGCAUGAUAACCCAACUAAAACUAUAACGCUAGCUAUGCCAAUGGAUGAAGAUGAUCCUUAUUAUAUGCCAAAGGCACACACUUUGAUGCGACUAGGCAUUCCUCCAAGGAUAACGGUUUAUAUGGAUAAGCACGACGGGCCGUGUGAUUUGGUAGAGAUUUGUAAAGGGCUGUGGAUUACUCACGAGUCACAGUGCCUUCUUUGGCUCUACGCCCUGAACGAAGAAGAUGGCAUUGGGGCUCUAAUCGAGGAACCUGAUGACAAAAUUUGCGUCACUCAGGAGGUUGAAGAUGAUGAGGAACAAAUGGAAGAAGCAGAUUUGAUGGAUGAAGGGUCUGUAGGCCGCCUCAUGUUGACAAUCCAAGAAACUAAGAUUGUUUCGAAAGAGGAGCUCCGUAAAAUCAUACCAAAACUUGAUAUCUAUCCAGUCUUGAUUCUCCGUUCAUUGGUUUUGUUGGCCGAUCGAGUUGAAUUCUAUAUUACAAGGAUUAUGGAGACUGGAGAUAAGGUGCAAAUUGCAGACGAUUUAGCGAUUGUCCGCGCCAUCAACUACGAAAUUGACUCGCAGAGCGAGAGCAGGCCGGACACUCCAUCCAGCGUAGCCUCACCAAGACUUCCAGCUACAAGAAGACUCUGCAACCAUACUGGUGAUUGCCUGAUGCCUACUUUGUUGGAGCCUGAUCAAGAGCACCCGAUCACUUGUCGCCAAUUUGAGGCUGAGAUGCAAAUAUCAAGUUUAGUGUCUACGAUGAAAAGCUAUCGUAUUGAGGAGAUGAAUCAAUUAGUUCAAAUGGGAAACUUUCUAGGAGAGGCACAAACAAGCUGCCUAGAAGAGAGCACGUUCAUUCGCGCAUAUCUUUCAAGAAUGCACUCUGAAAACCAAGAAGAGCCUCAGUAGAUUUUGA